GUUUGAGUCAUCUCGUCAAUAUUUAUAGUAAGUAAUGUUGAUUGGUUUGAUUAGUUAGGAUGUAAUCAGUGCUAUUAGAGUAAUCCGUGUAGUUUCCCCGACUAAAAACCAAACCUGAUUACCUAACAUUUUUCUAGGUCGGGCCCAUCCGGCGGUGUUUCGAUGACAUAACUUAGGACAACACUACGCUAAAUUCUGAUGAUCUUAAGGAACUAGUCAUGGAUUGGCUCCAUUUCCCGCGUCUCGGCCGUAAUACCUGGCUGUACUUAUCAGCCGCAAUCGUGGCGUUGGUCGGGUACAGUGCAGUGCUUGAUUACGUUUACAUAGAGACGCAUUGUUACCAAUCCGUUCGCACGAAUUCUGUAGCAGAGCCGUAUGUGAACUGCUUCAAGGUGUCGCCGAGUGGAAAAUUCACUACGAUUUUCCAAGCUGACCAAGAUACGGAGCUUGCUAAGAAUGCGAAACCGGGUUUUGCCAUGCCCGGCCUAUGGGAUGGUCAUGGACAUCUUCUACAAUACGGCGAGUUCUUGAACUCAGUAGACCUCUUCGGAUCUACUUCUAUGGACGAUGCUAGGUCUCGCGUACGCAAGUAUGCCGAUGAGAACCCUAGUACUGGAUCAAAGGAAGAGUGGCUACGAGGUGUCGGAUGGGAUCAGAUGGCUCUUGGGCAAAUGCCGACUGCUGAUGACUUAGUGGCGGAUGAAAAGCUCAAGGACUUAUACAUCAUGCUUGACAGAGUCGAUGUUCACUGCAUCUGGGUAUCUCAAGCGGUUUUGGAUCUGCUUCCGGGAACUAUACCCGAUGUCCCUGGCGGUGAGAUUAUCCGAGAUCCUGGGAUGGGCGUAUUUUGCGAUAAUGCUAUGGAUAUGGUAAUGGCUUUGUGGCCGAAGCCGGAUGACAAGAAAAAGACGCAAUUCGUGAAGAGCGCUAUGGGAAAGCUUAAUGAAGUAGGACUCGUGGGUAUACACGAUGCCGGAGCUACUCCAGGGAAUCUGAACCUUUAUAAGGAACUGGCGGGAGGUGAUGAUUGGACAGUGCGAGUCUACGCAAUGCUAGAGUGUUACGAACGGAACACUUUCUGCCCGGCUGAAAUGGAACCGUACACAAGUCCGGAUGGCUUCUUAAGCAUUAAAAGCGUGAAAUUAUUCGCUGAUGGUGCUCUAGGAAGUUGGGGAAGUGCUUUAAUUGACCCCUAUACUGAUCGCCCAGAUACGUCGGGAUCUCUACUUGUCAAUGCUACUGAACUAGUAUACGACGCGGUAGCAUGGGCUCAAGCAGGCUUCCAAGUAAAUAUCCAUGCAAUUGGCGACCUCGCAAAUCGAUAUGCCGUCGAUGCAAUGAUUGCCGCUCUUAGGCUUGUUUGCCCAGACGAGACACUCUCAACUUGCCAAUCUGAUCUACGCUUUCGCAUCGAACACGCUCAGAUCAUCCACCCAGAUGACCAGGCUCGAAUACACGCAAUCGGAAUUAUUCCUUCCAUUCAACCCACCCAUGCUACAAGCGAUAUGACGUAUGCGGAGAAGAGGCUAGGAAAGGAGCGUACCGCCAAGGAAGCAUAUCGAAUGCGGUCCUUGUUAGACGUCAAUCCCGUCCUGGGUAGCGAUUUUCCCGUUGAGCCCCCGGACCCAUUCCAGGGUAUCUACGCCGCUGUCACGAGACGAAGCCCGCAUACCGGUAGAGGUACAGAUGAUUCGCCUGAAGGAUGGUGUACAGAUGAAGCCCUAGAUUUAGACCAGGCGAUUCGGGGCUUCACUGAGGGGCCCGCGCAUGCUGGAUUCAUGAAGGGAAAGGCUGGGGUUAUACAAUCGGGAGCUUAUGCGGAUUGGAUUGUCUUAGAUUCACCGUUAGAGAAACUAGACAUAGAGGAGCUACGCUCGUUAAAGGUGAAAGAGACGUGGGUCAGAGGAAAGAAAGUCUACUCGCGAGAGUAAUAGAUAUGAUAGACUUCUACAGCAUAUACACAACUAGAAGUAGACGCAUAAAAAUGAAAGACGAU